UACGGACGACGACGCUCAGUCGCGUUCCUCUCCCAGACAGUCGACAGGCCGCCGUCGAGACGAAGGCGAAUGGAUUUAUGUCGUGAAUAAACUCGUCUUCGCGGGAAACUCCUCGGCAUAACGUUCGCUGCGCGCGAGCGGGGUAAAUAUAUACAUUGCUAGCAUCCAGGUGGCUAGCUAACGUCAGCUGUAGGACGGGAGACGGUCCCGCAUCGAAGGACAGUCAGUAUGGUUGAAGUGGUGGUGGAAUAUGAGUAUGAAGCCGCCCAUGAAGAUGAGUUGACGCUCAGGCUAGGAGACGUAAUCAAGAACGUGAGACGCAUUGAGGAGGAGGGAUGGAUGGAAGGUGACCUGAAUGGACGAAGAGGCCUUUUCCCAGACAACUUUGUGAAGGAAGUGAAGAAAGAGCCAACGAAAGAGGUUGCGAAGGAGAUCAAGGAGAUCAAGGAGGUGAAGGAUGCAAAAGAUGUAAAGGACGUAAGGGAUGUGAAAGAGGUCAAGGAGGUGAAGGAGGUGAAGGAAGACUCUCAGCCACCACGCAGGUCAGCGGGGAACGUAGCCAGUCUGGUGCAAAGGAUCAGCACUUAUGGCAUCCCAACAGGAGGCCUAGGCUUCCAGCCCCGCACAUCCAAAAAGAAACCGAAGAAGCGUCAGUGCAAAGUGCUCUUUGAUUACGUGCCUCAGAACGAGGAUGAGCUGGAACUGAAGGUGGGAGAAAUCAUCGAAAUCACUGAAGAGGUGGAGGAAGGCUGGUGGAGCGGAACCAUGAAUGGGAAGUCUGGACUUUUUCCCUCUAACUUUGUCAAAGAAGUCGAGAUGAGCGAGGAAGCAGACAGCAACGAUGUGCCUGAUGAGCAAGACAGCAAAGACGAGCUCAUGAGUCCGACUUCCCCUGGGAAUGGGGUCAUUGCUCCACCUAAAAAGGUCAAAGGGGUAGGUUUUGGAGAUAUUUUCCGGGAAGGCUCGGUGAAGCUGAGAGUGCGACUGCCGUCAGAGUCUGAGGAGAAGAAUGAAAAGCCGAUCCCAUCAUUACCAUCUGCUGCUAAGCCUACCCACUUGAGCACGCCAGAUGCUCAGAAAGUGGAGAAAGAUGGGGAAAGCAAAGGAAAGGUAAAGGAAUACUGCAAGGCCACCUUUAAUUAUGAGGCUAUGAAUCAGGAUGAGCUGGACUUUAAGGAAGGUGACAUCAUUCAUUUACUGAGUAAGGACACAGGGGAGCCUGGCUGGUGGAAAGGAGAACUAAAUGGCAAACAGGGAGUGUUUCCUGACAACUUCGUGAUGCUGAUUCCAGAGACAGACAAAGAGGCACUUGUAUUCAGAGGCUCUGUUAAGCAGUCUCCAAAACAAGAACCCGAAGAAAAACCAAAGAAGCCACCGCCACCAUCCAAAUCCACAGUCCUGAAGACCGAGGUCCCCAGUGCUGACAAGAAACCUCUACAGCCACGACCUGAGGACAAAGUUGACAGGGUUGUGCCAGACAAACCUGCCAAGCCUGCUGCUCCCAUUGUACCCCCCAAAAAGCCAGUACCCCCUCCAGGCAAAGGACUGUUGCGUCCAGCAUCUCUGACACCAAAACGACCCGAUAAACCUCUCGCUCCAUCUCCAGUAGCUAAGCACAAUGGAGAGGUGCCUAUCCCACGACCAAAGUCAGACUUUGAACCGACAUUACCCAGCAAACCAAAAACGCUGUCAGGAGACUGGACAGAGAAGACCACUGACUCAGAUCUCAUGAGCUUCGAUGAUGUCUCCUCUACCUCAGAAAAGCUGUCUCAUCCCACAGCAAGCAGACCAAAGAUGCCUGGCAGGCGACUGCCAGCCCACUUUGGUGUAUCCCCAUCUCCAAACAAGGAGGCCAGCGAGAAAGCCCCGAAAACAGAGGAGGACGACGCACCAAAACCAAAGUUAUCAGAAACCUGGAAGCCGUCCCUCUCAACGCCGUCAUCUACUGUGCAUAAUAAAGCAGCCAGCACGCCUGCUCCCGAGCCCAAACCGAAAGCUGACGUGGACGAGCAGAAAGGAGGCGAGCUGGAGGAGCUCAGGACCCAGCUGAAAGAGCUGGUGAUUUCCAUAGAGUUACUGAAGGCACAGCAAGUGCGAGAGCUUACAGAGCUGAGGACUGAGCUGGAUGAGGAGAGGUUGAAACGAGUGGCCCUGCAGAUGGAGAUAGAGAAAUUAAAAAAGCAGGUACAAUCAACGUGAGGGCAGAUACUGAUCCUGUCAUCGGAAAGCCCUCCUCUCGUCCUGUCGCCGGUGGAAAUGCCCCCAGGGGACCGAUAUCAUUCCCAUAACCCUUGUAGUCACUGACCUUUUCCACAAAUUGUAAGAUUUACAUUUGCACAUAAUGAGGUUUUUAAGGUAUAGAAAGGUGUAAUUAAGACGGAUCUCUCUCUCUCUCUCUCUCUCUCUCUCUCUCUCUCUCUCUCUCUCUCUCUCUCUCUCUCUCUCUCUCUCUCUCUCUCUCUCUCUCUCUUUCUUUUUCUCUUUCUGUCUCUCUUUUUUUCCUUCUUUUUUAUUUGCCAACAACAAUUGAGGCCUUACUAUAAACUACUGUGCUGGAUAUGCAGUCUCCACAUUCAUGUGUGAGUGUGGCAGAAUUUGCAAAUUUAACUACUGAAGCUGUAUAAAGUAAUGGAGGGGAUUUGUUUUGUUUCCUUAUUUUUAUGACAUGGGAUAGAUUUUUUUUUUUCUUUUUUUAAAAAAAUUUAUUAUGAUUGCAGCAAUAAUCUUUCCAUAUUAGCCUCUUUAGAUGACUGUUGAAUAUAUGACGUACUCCUGAUUUCUGUUGCUAUGUCAAAAGGGAGAUAGGCCUACACUUUUGUUUUUGUCUUGUUUUUGUUUUUGUCUUGAUUUUUUUUUCUAACAUUCCUAUCCAGGGUGACACUAUUGUGCCUGUUUUACAAGUGUUAAUACUGGGAGCUUUCGUUUAUAUCCUUAGAUUUACGGCGAUAAAUAUAUAUAUAUAUAUAUAUAUUUUUAUGGUCUUGUGAUUGCAGAAAAUUGGGAAAAAAACUGUAUAUGGAUUAUGUGUCUUGGUGGCCUCAGAUGGCAUAGUUCUGUAAACAGUAGGUGAUCUAAUAUAAAGUAAGAGCUGCUGGUUUAAUGAUGCACUCUUACCCUUUCCCUAAAUCAUAUAAAUCAUCUCCUUUUUCUCUGAAAAACAUUUUCUCUGGCAGGAUAUCAAAUUAUAUUGCGCGUAACAUGGCAGGCACGCUAACUACCCAGCAAACGAUCCUGUCCAGUUGGAAUUUUGGAUUUAGUAGCAGGCUGAACAUCAAAUGUUCCUGACACAGUUAUCCAAUGCUUGUUAUAAAAGACCUGUUUGUGCUUCAACGUCUGCAAAAUAGCAGCAUUUUGAGCAGCCAUGGCUCAGUUGAAGCCAGAAUGUUGCAGGGACCGGCACUUUUUCCCCUCAUCAAAAGUGGCAGACUUGAUUCUGAUAUGCGCCAAGUGGCCGUCAUGCUUUUACUUGCUUUCUGAGGUUCCACUUCGCUCCAGGUGUGCCCAUGUCUGGACGUAACGCGACUAACACCUGCCCCACCCACCAAUCCCGAAAUAUUACUGUUAAGUGCUUUUGCUUGCUUGCACAACAACUCAAUCUAAAUGAUGGCUUUCCUUCCUGAAAUCGGAUUAGAAAUCCCUCUUCUAAAUGCCAAACACUGUGGAUGGCCUUGUCAACAGAUUCUCAGCAGAUUAAAAGUUACCUUUCAGCAGACGCCCCCACGUUCGGCUGCGUCAAAACAUAUUGGCUAUGUUUAUGUAACCGUGCUCACGUUUGUCUUACUAACAAUCCCGAAAUGGAACCUUGUUCUUCAUUCGAGUACACUAAGUGUACCGUCUCCUCAGGCCUUUUUGCUCCUGCAAGAAAGAGCUUUCCACAUCAGGGACUGUGGGACUGUGCGCAUGUGUGUGUGAAUAUGUGUGUGUGUGUGAUUGUGAACUGCUUAUUGUCAGCACAGCAAGAUGACAUCUUAAUCCCUACAGCAAUAAACAAAUUAAACACAUCUAAUCCGAGUCCAAUCCAGGUUAAAUCAAUAUUCUAGUAUUCAAUUAGUAUUUUUUUCCUCAUAGAUACUUAAAGCAGAUUCAGUUCUAUGUCGUCUGUAAUUGGCCUGAAAACAUUCCAUUUUAUUAUUAUUAUUCUUAUUAUCAUUAUUUUUAAUUCUGUUGACAACGGCUGUGCACGUUCAACAUCUCUCCAAGUGAUCUUGUUUACAUGAUUCUGAAAGGAAAUGCAUGAACUGAGAUUUUGUUUUUUUGUUUGUUUGUUUUUUUUUUCCAAACUGAAUAAAUAUCAUCUUUUAAUUACA